AUGCAGGGUUAUAAAGUCAUUUCCAAACAGUUUGAAGUCCAUCAUUCUACAGUGAGAAGGGUCAUUAACAAGGAAAACAUUCAGGGCUUGUUCCACCAAGCGGUGGUGGUUGAUCGGACCAUGUACAUAUCAGGACAGCUGGGGAUGGAUCCCAUUAGUGGGCAGCUGGUGGAUGGUGGGGUUCGGACCCAAACCAGACAGGCUCUUGUGAAUAUGGGUGAAAUUCUUCUUGCUGCUGGGUGCAGCUAUGAGAAUGUUGUCAAAACUACUGUGCUGCUGGCCGACAUGAACGAUUUCUCAAAUGUCAAUGAUGUUUACAAGCAGUUUUUCACCACUAACUUCCCAGCCAGAGCUGCUUAUCAGGUCGCUGCCCUCCCUAGAGGUGGACUCGUUGAAAUCGAAGCAGUUGCUGUGUUGGGCCCUCUGACUGAAUGCACUUAGAACGGAGUAACCUGAAGUACGUGUUGCUUGAGGCGGCAUGCAAAGACCAAUCAAACAAUCUUUACAAACUGUUCUAGUUUACUCCAAAUGUAUUUCGUUUUAA